UCGACAACUGGCUACAGAACAUGGCGUACAGUGUGCUGCGUUUCUGCUGCUGUGCAUUUGUCAAACUUCAUGACGUGUAAAUCGUUUGUUCUCAGAUCUACGGCGUCGCGAAAACAUCUUCGAUGUGUAGACCUACGCAGCGUGCCAGCGUGGGACGCAGUGUUCAGUGACACCCGCUUUCGCCUAAGCUUCAGCUGCUUCGUACAAAUUGCUCGGUCGCGACAGCUGGGAUGAACAAGAAGUACAACACGGCUGCUCAAAGACUUCGCCAAGAUUAUCUGCGGCUCGUCAGGGAUCCGGUACCCUACAUCAUAGCUCACCCCCUGCCAUCAAACAUACUCGAGUGGCAUUAUGUCGUACGAGGGCCAGAGAACACGCCAUACGAAGAUGGCAUCUACCACGGGAAGCUCAUGUUCCCGGCCGAGUUCCCCUUUAAGCCACCCAGCAUCCUGAUGAUCACCCCCAGCGGCCGGUUCAAGUGCAACACGCGCCUCUGCCUCAGUAUCUCGGACUUCCAUCCAGACAGCUGGAACCCCGCAUGGUCCGUCGCCACCAUCCUGACUGGCCUGCUAAGCUUCAUGGUGGAAAAAAACCCGACGUUGGGAAGUAUUGACACGACCGACAGAGAAAAGAGGCAACUUGCGAGGGAAAGCCUAGAGUUCAACUUGAAAGAUGAAAUGUUUUGCGAGUUGUUUCCAGACCUGGUUGAGGAAAUCAAGGAGCAGAUACAGAAGAGAAAAACGGAAGUGGAGGCGCAAAACGCGUACCUGGCCGAGCGCAGCCUGUCGGGCAGCAGCCUGGGCGACCAAGGGUACGGCCUGUUGGGAAGCACCCUUGCCAACAUUUUCGUCAUCGUCGGCUUCGCCGCAUUCGCGUACACCGUGAAGUAUGUGCUGACGUUCAGCGCCAAGUGACUGCGGCCGCCGCGCGCACAAGACCCGAGGUGGGGGCGUUGCGCGUGCGGACAACAAGGGACUCAAAAGAAGCUUAAAAAAAAAAAAAAGAGGGAGAGAGGGUGGGAAAAAAAAGUCGUGUUGUGCCACCAGCCACUUUAGCAUUAUGUACAUAGCUGCACGCGCGUUGAUUUCUAUGGGAGUCACUUCCGUUUGGCGGUAACAAGGCAGUGAUGAGAUUCGGCUCUUGACUCUUUCGAAAUAGGAGGCGAGGAGAAUGGCACACUAUUCCCCGAGCUCCUUCACUUUCCUCUUCCAUUGCUCAGAAGGCAGACGAGUAAACGGCAAAAUGUUCGUACUGUUUUCAGUUCUUGAAGAAACCUUGUCCGGCUAAAGGUUGCCAAAGUGUUCCGGUGAGACUGCACUCACCUGUGGCAGUGGAGCAACUUUUGGGGGAUUUUGUGAGGUUCAUUUAGCACUUUUGGAUGGAAAUAGCAUGCAAAGCCAUUCUCCAAUGAAAAUGAUAAAAAAAUAUGUGCACCUUGUUAAAAAAACGUUGUUUCGUCAGUGUUGAUGGUGUAUGCAUGAAAGAAACGUUUGUCACAAUGGCCAUAUUUCAUACUUCUUUUUUUUUUCCCGCAAAGCUUGCAGGGCGAUAUUUUAAUUCCAUACUACUAUAAUAGGGGCAAUGUUCUCAGUGGGUCGAGUGAAAAAGUUAAAGCGAUGCUAGGUGAGGAUGUCUUUUAUCUCAAUAUCAACAGCUUUUUGUGUGCAUGGUUAGCAUUUGUCCCUUUUUCAUUAAUUUCUGUAUAAAAAGAAAAAAAAAGCAAUUAAGUAUCGGGUGUCUAUGUGCAUAUUGUGUGAAUUGUGCGCAUUGCUGUGCCCGCUGUUUUUGUUGUGGGGUAAACACUAUGUACAGUUAACAAAUUGCUGUGAAAUUGAAGCUUGACAUGUCCUGGCCAAGACACGGUUCACGUUUCGCAUCGGAGUCUGAUCCUGGACGUUGAAAAGCCAUAUUCCUGCGCCUUGUUAAAGAAAGAAAAAAAAAGUGUAUGAUAUUAAAAUUUUUCAGAAAGAAA